AUGUCAUCCAAAAUCGUCCCUGUCAUUCAAACAGUCCCUCUCCAAACAGGUCCGCCAGAGUAUGAAGCUCUCCGUACCUCCAUCCUCGAAGAGUUCGGCAGUACUGUCCCAGACGAACUUCGUCUUCCAAAAAGCCUCAUCGAUAACCCGCCCAAAAACGUUACCGACAUCCCCAAGACCUGUGGUAUCUUGACCGAUCAAGAAAUUGACAUCACAGAGAACUACGACGCUACAGCACUCGCUGCUGCAAUCGCAUCGCGAAAGUUCACAUCUGUCGUUGUCGUCACUGCCUUUGCGAAAAGAGCUAUCAUUGCUCAUCAGCUUACAUGCUGUUUAACGCAAUGGUGGUUCAAAGACGCAGUACUAAAUGCUCAGCUUCUUGAUCAAUAUCAAGACAACACGGGAUUGACCUCCGGUCCUUUGCAUGGUGUACCAGUCAGCAUCAAGGAACACAUGCCUGCCAGCAACCAUUGGUCAAAUGAUGGAUACUUGGCGACUCGAAAACUCGACAGAAAGGAUUGCCAGAUGGUCAAGAUCCUUAGGGACGCGGGUGCUGUGCUGUUUUGUAAGACGAACCAACCGCAGUCGAUCAUGCAUCUUGAGACCACGUCGCCCUGGGGAAGGACCCUGAAUCCUCAUAAUAUCAAUCUAUCUGCUGGAGGGUCCACGGGUGGCGAAGCUGCUCUUAUUGCUCUUCGUGGAUCUGUCUUGGGCAUUGGUACAGAUAUUGGAGGAAGUGUUCGUGGACCAGCGGGCUUCUGCGGCAUCUAUGGUCUCAAGACGACGUCCUACGUGUUCCCACAGAAAGAUUUCUUACAGGGUGGUUUCGCCGCUGAACUGAACGUCUUAUGCUCAGCAGGGCCGAUGUGUACCUCUCUUCGUGACGUUGACCUGCUCAUGUCGAUCGUUUCCGGUACUCGCCCUUGGCUGAAAGACCCUCGACUCGUCCCUCUUCAUUGGACAGGAAGGUUGACGGAAAACAAGCCGUUAAAGAUUGGACUCAUGAUCAAUGAUGGGAUCAUCACUCCCCAGCCUCCGGUAACAAGAGCUCUUGAGUGGGCAGCCCGCGAGCUCCGAUCCAAAGGGCUCGAUGUCAAACCCUUCCUACCCUAUGGGAUGGCAGAAGCAAUGAAUGGUAUUCGCCGUGCAUACUGGCCUGACGGUGGCAAAACAGUCGAAGAGUAUCUUUCAGCCACGAAUGAACCCAUGAGCCCCUUGACUAAAUGGAUCAUCCAAGACGCUGAAGGUCCAGGACUCGAUGCCAAUGGCGUUCUCAAACUCCGUGUAGAGCGCGAUGACUUCAGAUGUCGUUUCGCAGAACACUGGGAGUCACAAGAUGUGGACUUUGUAAUUUGCCCCGUCUUUGUUGGCCCGGCAUGUUCUCACGAGACAGCGCUCUACUGGAACUACACCGCGCUAUGGAACUAUGUUGACUACCCCGGUAUUGUGAUCCCUACGCCGAUCAAGGCUGGUGCGAAAGGAACUGAGAGCUAUCCGCCGAAUAGUGUUCCAUUGAGUAAGGAAGAGGAGCAUGUCAGACAAUUCUGGGAUGAGGGCGAUUUUGAGGGAGCGCCUAUCAAUUUGCAGGUGGUGGCGAGGAAAUAUUAUGACAAUGAUCUUUUUGCAGCGACGACGGAGAUUGACAAGGUCAUAAAUAAGUAA